CUUGUCUAGGUCAUCCAACGUAGACUUUUCUCUUGAUAAGGAACUCCACCGUUUUCUUCCUCAGUAGUUUCAGUUGCGCCAUGAAGCUCAAUCUAGUCACCUGUUUGUGGGGAGGCCUCCUUCUUCUCUCUGUCCAGACUUGGGCCUACUACUACGACCCCGACAAGUAUUCCUACCAACCCCACCAAGCCGUUGAACCUCAGACCAAAGCUCAAGAUCGACAAUUGGCAGGACUUUCAACUUUAGUAGUGUUUGGCGCUUUGGCCACCCUGCUCGCGACCAUUUUCUCGGCUUUCAUAUCGAAUAUUGUGAACCAAAACAAUGGACAACUCUUCCCUACGCCCCCUCCACCCACCUCUGCUCCUGCUCCCCCUCCACCCCCUCCGCCUGCAACAACCACCAGACGUACAACUACCUUGAGACCCACUCCUCCCACCCUGGCGCCAAGUACUGGGUCUCCAUUAUUUAUCCCAGCAAACCGACUAAACCUUGAUGCCUGCAGUGUGACGGAGGAGAACCUGUUGGCAUUUUCUGAAGUGAAUGGCGGCGAAUGUGCGGUAUUUUGCGACCAAAUCCCAGGAGCCAGCCAUUUUCUGGUCAAGCCUAUGUCUUUGAUGGAUGAAGCAACUCCAAAUUGCGCUUGCUUAUCUUCAUGCCCAUCUGGUAAUGGUUUGGUUCAACCGCAAGAACUUCUGUCUGGAGAGGCCAAAACAGUGGAGAGCAUUGACACUUCGCUAAUAGGAGCGUCGUGUAUCACUUCCAUGGAGGAUAUGACUUGUCAAGAAUCACCGGGUAAUGUGGCUCAACUCUUUUUACCAGUUAUAAACCAAUUGGAGUGUGUGAAUUUUUGCCAAGCAUCCACGCCCAACUACAAUGGAGUUCCACUUCUACGAAAUGACAUGAAGAGUUGCAUUUGUAUGAGGAUGUGUACCCCUAUCCCAGAUGACCAAGAGCUCAAUACUAUUCUAGUUGUAUCAACUAGUUGCAGAUCUGCUCCAAGAUCCCUCUUCUAAAACAGGCUCUAAAUUCAAACUUGCGUUUUAGAUAAGCAAUGAAUGAAAUAUGUAAUGCACAACGGCUCAGUUUUGCACUUUUACUUCCUUGGUCAGUCAAAACAAAAGUUGAGAACAGAAGAAUUCAACUAGUUUACUCAUUGAACUGAUCAUAUAUUGUCACAUAUCAGCUUAUAAUAUGACAAUACAUAAUAAACAUUAUUUCUACAGCAACAUGUUUACCUAAGUUGCAAACGCUUUUGAAAAUGCGUCCAUUUGCAAAAGGAAAUCCUUGGGUUUCAAUUCAAAAAGUCAUUCUAUCAUUAAGUUGCCAGAAAUGCAUUUCAUUAAAAUGACAUGUUCCAGAUGAAUUGUUGAAUUCGAAAAAUGAUUUACGUAGGUACGUACAAAUGCAAUUGCAAUAAGUCUCCUUUUCUGUUUCAUUUUAGAUGCCCUCGUAUCUAGCACAAAUA